AUGCCAAACAAGAACCCCCGCCUGAGCCGCGAUGAACUAGUUGCCAUCAUAAGUGACUUCUACAAGUUUCUCACUACAUUUUACAUCCCUACAUCGGCUCUCAAAUAUUCACCCCCAGAUGGCUGGCCUAACACAACUUUCGAAACUACGGCGGGAUUUGGCAAGAAGCCGUUUGUCAUUGAUCUGAUCAAACAUCUUUCAUAUAUCGACGGUGCGCAAGCACAUCAGAUGGUAACCAAUAUCCAUCAUAAGAGUGAUGUUGUAGACUAUUCAGUCUGCUCGCCAACACAGUUUGCAAAUGGUAGUCUUCUUUGCGGAGAGAUGGGGCUGGAGUCUGAGCUUGAGGACAGAUUGGAACGUGGAGAAGAGGAGGGUGAAAACGAUGAAGAUGAGGUCGAGGAUGAGGACGGCGAGGAAAAAGAUGGGGAUGAAAACGACCAUGGAGAUGACGACCAUUGGUCAAAUGACGACCCAGAUGAAAUCAUACUCGAAAACAUGGUAGUGCUAGCUGAAGGUUACGAGAGCGGCGGUCGCUCCCUAGUACUCGAUGUUUUCAAGGGUUACAUCCACGAAGACGAGAUACGAUGCAACUUGCUAGGUGGUGUGGCUGUGGAAGACUUCUUCCGCGACCUACGGGAUAAGUACGAGAGGUUGGAGAUGGUGCCCAUCCACGGCGCGAUGUUUGAGAACGUAGCCGAGAUCUAUGAUGACGAGAUGUCGGUCGACGGAUAUAUGGGAAACAGGAGGAAGCAAAGCAAUACAAGGGGAUUUAUAGGAAGCAUGGGUGGCCUGGUCAAGCUUACAGGAAGGAAGUGGCGUUGGCGGCUAUCGAGGCGUGUAGGCGGAGGAGGGAGGAGGAACACGACGCUGAAAAGGAGUAGGUUGUCAUGGUCGGUUGCUUUGGUGGUCGUGGAGUAAGGGCAUCCCACUUUGCAGCAUGCCAGUGUCGACAAGGGAACUAGGUGUCAGGACUGCAGCCAGAAAUUAGAGAGUGACAUGGGUGAAUUUACUCGAAGCGGGAACACUCAUCUUGCCGCGGUUACACUAGAUGAUUAUAAUCAAC